AGAAGAAAGAGGAGUCGCCUUUGGAUUAGAGAGGGAGCAUUUAUCGAGGGGGGCGAAGGCCCAAGGAAACGGAAGCAGGCGCAGAAGCAGAAGAAGUUCCCUCCCCUCUUCCCCCACCUCCUCUCCCUCUCUCUCUCGCUCUCUCCAUUUCUCUCUCCCCUCCAACUAAAAGAAGCCCGACGGAGAGAGAGAGAGAGAUUAGAGAGAAGAGGGACGAGAAAGAGGUGUGUUCUUCUUUCCUUUUUGGGGGGAUCUACUUGUUCGUUCGAUCCAUCGAUCCAUCGAUCGAUCGAUCGAUUUGCGCCUGCGCCGCCGACAAGUUCCAGGUGAUCCUUUCCAAACCCUAAUUUUUCUCCUUCCGUCUAUCGAUAUUCGAUACCCGCCGCCGCUCGAAUCUUUUUCGCAAUUAAUUUUUUGUUGCCGAGCAUUUGUUGCCUCGAUUGCUCGGAGAUUCCUCUUUUUUUUUGUUUCCGGCAUAGGAAUUGAAUUGCCCCUUUGAUUUCGCGACCUGCCUUCGAUUGCUUUCUUUUUUUCUUCUUUCCUAAUCCCUAUCGACAUCUCACAAUUCCUUUUUCUUUUUUUUUUUUCUUCUUAACCCGUAUUUUAUGCUAGAAAAUCUCACCUAUCCUGGAGAAAUCGGUUAAAAAUUCGAAAUUUUCCUAUUGCCAAUUUCCUAUCAGUAGAUUCCCUUGUUGCAAUCGAUCCCCAAGACAAAAUCCUUCAUUUUUGAGAAUUGCCUGUUCCCAUUUUCAAGUGUCGGCCCCAACUCUGUAGUUUGAUCGUCUGGAAUAUAGGAAUUUGGUGCCUAAAACUCCAGCUCGGAAUCUAUCCCCCUUUGCUAUUGCUAGUCCCGAGUGGAUGACGAGGAAGAGUAUGCAACCCGUUGAGAAGAAGAGCGACUGGUUCCUGCCCUUGCCGGAAUUAAACUUUCCUUGGAGCAUCCAAGAUGAUAAAAGCUCUCCAUGUCUUCUCCAAGAAGCUUUCUACCCUCCCGGCGGCUUAUUCGCGAGUGUUGGGCAGAUGGGAGUAGGCUUCGGCGUAUCGCCGAACACCCCUAACCCUAACUCUAACCCUAACCCUAACCCUAACCCUAACCCUAGAGAUAAUGGCAUUAAGAUCCCAUGCACUGAUCUCUACCUCAAGUACGUGUCGCCGGAAGUUGGAUAUCGAGUUGUUGGAACUCCGAGCGAGUCUCUAGCAGUCGAAGAUGAAACAGCUGAAGAAGCUACGAAGAGAAAGAUUGAGAAGAAGGGUGGGUUGAAGUUAAAGAUUAGGGUUGGGAAUCCUCAUUUUAGGAGGUUAAUUAGUGGCGGAAUUGCCGGGGCAGUGUCGAGGACUGCUGUUGCUCCCUUGGAGACGAUAAGAACACACUUAAUGGUCGGUAGCAAUGGGAACUCGACAACAGAAGUGUUUCAGAAUAUUAUGAAUACUGAGGGGUGGAAGGGUUUGUUUCGUGGUAAUUUUGUUAACGUCAUUCGAGUUGCACCGAGCAAGGCUAUUGAGCUAUUUGCUUAUGACACAGCUAAAAAGAUCUUAACUCCCAAGUCCGGGGAACCUCCUAAACUUCCUAUCCCUUCUUCCCUAGUUGCUGGAGCAUUUGCUGGAGUCAGCUCAACCCUGUGUACAUACCCUCUUGAAUUAAUCAAGACUCGACUUACCAUACAGAGAGAUGUUUAUGAUAAUUUCCUUCAUGCCUUCGUUAAAAUCUUGCGUGAGGAAGGCCCAACAGAGCUCUACAGAGGCCUAACACCCAGUCUUAUUGGUGUGGUGCCCUACGCAGCGACCAACUACUUUGCGUAUGACACACUGAGGAAACUCUACAGGAAAACAUUCAAACAGGAGGAAAUAGGCAACAUUGCAACUCUUCUGAUUGGCUCGGCUGCCGGUGCUAUCUCGAGCAGUGCGACUUUCCCACUCGAGGUGGCGCGGAAACACAUGCAGGUGGGAGCGGUGGGCGGCCGACGGGUGUACAACAACAUGCUCCAUGCUCUUUUGAGUAUACUCGAGAACGAAGGGAUCGGCGGGCUCUACAGAGGGUUGGGGCCGAGCUGCAUGAAGUUGGUGCCUGCCGCGGGGAUCUCAUUCAUGUGUUAUGAGGCUUGCAAGAAGAUUUUGAUUGACGAAGAGGAUCAAUAAGUCCUGAUAAUUCAUUCAACAUGGGUGAUAGCUUAGGUUCCGAUAUUUAAAUGUUUGACUUGAUCUUAGUUUUGAUAAUUUACUUAAAUUUUAUUUUCUGGGUAUGUUAUAGGAGCUCAAGUUGCACCAAAUAUUUUGUUUGAGCUGAUUCUUUCUUUUCUUUUUUAAAUUUUGGUUGGAUCAUCUUAUUUGAUUAUGCUGUAACCUCUAUGGUGGGGUUCGGAUUUUGGACUAGUAGAGAAAUCUCUUGGAAGUAAAUUACUUCAUACUGAUAUGACGCGGUA